AUGGAGCUGGCCUCUGCUCUGGGAGACUGGAGCUUGGCUGUGGGGCUCCUGCAGCUCUACAGGGGGGGGCUCUAUGGAGAAGGUGAGGGUCAGACCUGGGAUAAAGAGUUCCAGUGUAAAGGCAAUGAGUCCCUUCUCCUGGACUAUGACACCUCAGACAGAAAAAACAACACCUGCCUACCUGGUAAUGCUGUUGGACUCACCUGCUCAGAGCCUGAUGAUGUGAGGCUGGUGGGAGGAGGCAGUCGCUGUGCUGGUGGAGUGGAGCAGUACGACCAGGGAGAGUGGAGGACUGUGGGAACUGUAGACUGGAACAAGGAGGCUGUAGCUGCAGUAGUGUGUAGACAGCUGGGUUGUGGCUCCACUGUUUCAGUACUACCUGGAUACACCACUAGAGGGUUUAUAGUUGACUGUUCUGGGUCUGAGUCUUCACUGAGGGAGUGUGGGACAUCGUAUUCAAUUAAUUAUAUCGGUAUUGGAUUCACAGUGAUCUGCUCAGAUCUCCUGGUCCAGCCUGAUAUCUUCCUGACUGACUCAAUGGGAGGGGUCUCCAGGGGCCACCAGGGGCCCGAAGUGUUUAGGGGCUACAACUUCACCAUCACCUGCUCCACUCAGCCACAGUACCCAGGAGGCUCCUUCCUCCUCACGUUCACCGGCUCCAACAGAACCCAGACCCAACCAGCUGUCAAUCACUCUGCUGCCUUCCUCUUCCCUGCUGCAGAUGACUCCCACCAAGGGAACUACAGCUGUGUUUAUGACAAUAAUGUUUUCUCUCAUAACUUCUCCUCUGAGAGUGAGCUCCUCACCCUCACCAUCACAGGUAACUGA